AUGUCUGACUUGUGUUUAAAGGAGCAAGUUGCAAAAUAUGGGAAGGAAGCUUCCUCUAGUGACAACAAUGAGUCCAAGAUUAAAUCGCUUCAGGCGGAUUUCAAGGGGCUGUGCAAAGUUAAGGAAAACUUGUUAAAUAGGACUCUGGAGACCGACGUUGCCAUCAAGCAAUCUCGUCAGGAGAUGCAGUUCGAAACGAAUAUCUCAAACAGAUUUGAAGAUAUCAAACGUCUUAAAGUGGAAUAUGGGCCGGGCGCUUCUGCUUAUACUUCACAAAAGGUGGUCGACCUCCUUAUCGCCAAAUUGCUUAACGGCAUGGGACUUCUCGUGAUGCGAAGGAAUGACACCAUUAUCAAAUGGCCGAGCCCAUGGUUCUAUGUAAAGAGGAAUCCGGAAUAUUUGAAGCAGGUGAGAAGUGGUCUGCUCGAAAUUGUUAUGGACUACCCGGCCCUUGAAGACAUGAAUGAACCACGACAUGCGCCUUGCGGUGCUCUACAGACACCUCUAGUCGGCAAUAAGGAUUUGGCAACCUUGUCAAAGAAGAUAUCACAAAAGAAAAGAAAGGAAGACGUAGGGCUUCUAAAACUCGUGAAGCAACUGACGGAUAUAUAUGAAAUCAGCGACAAAAUGGAGGCCGCCAGUUGUGCCUUGUCCAGCAUUUCCGCCAACUUGCAACAACAAGCCAAUGCGUACUACUUUAUUGCCGAAGAGAUGAAAAAAGCGCAAGAAAAGUUGAUUUAUUCGAAUUCAGAUGAAAAUUAUUACGCUUGUUUCGAAAUGACAAGAUGGAGGGCUGGCUCAAUAUUGAAAGAGGUAAAGUUUCGAAUUACAAUAACGCCGCUAUGUACCAAGCUGAAUCAUAAGAUGCAGGCAAAGAAGAUGGCAACAGUUCUUAGAGAUGCCUUCGGCUGGGAAAUAUUGAAGGCCCCUACUCAACGUCAUGGGGCAUGA